GAUGAUUGCUUCACUUGAAGUUUUACGCCAUGAUCUUUGACGCUUCCCCCAUUAUGUUUGUGGGUACCCGUGGCAGGAACAAGAUCCAGCUGUAUCUGCAGUCAGUACAUUAUCGGACUUCUGACUUGGCCUAUCAAAGUCAGGAAGUUUGUCAGAUCAAGAAUCGUAUCAAUCAAUAAGUGAAAUUGAUACAGUAUACAUAACGUGUCUCUUCUUCCACAUCCUUAUAACCUACCACCUUCUUGUUUGUUGCUUUCAAUUUGACUACAAGAUAUUCUCUUGAUCCAAUUUGCCAUUCCUUCUUCAUCUGGCUGAGUUCAGCUUUGGUCAAAUAAGAAUCUCUGCUUAGUCGUUGACACCAACAUAAGAUAUCCUCAAAAUGGAAGGACCAAACGACCCUAGUGUUUAUCAACAACUCAUCUCCUCUUCGCACCACACUCCUUCGUCAAUUAACAUUCAUACCAAUUCUUCUGCCAUUCUUCCAAUUGUUGAACCUCAUCAAAGUCUCUCUAAAGUCCAUACCAACGGUGACGCAUCAGUCACCUCGGAGAAGAUUUACGACGAGAUUGAUGAAUUAAAGUUCGAAAUCGAAACUCGCGCAGCUGCAACAGUAUCGGCAGCAAAUAUCAAAGCAGUUAAAUCCAAAAGAUCCUCUAUUAUAUCAAAAAUUCUUAAUUUCCACCGAAGCCCACCACAUUCACUUUCAAUACAAAACCACUGCCAAACUUUGAGAAUGUCUCCUUCUGCGUUACAGGAACGAGGGGCUGUUAGUAAUGAAAGUCGUACUGCUGUGGUGUUUCCGCAAAGAUACCGCAAGCUACAAGCCAGACCUUACAAGUGGCCCCAGGACGGUACACUUCACUACUCUACCACCGCGCUAGUCAUCAUUGACAUGCAGAAAGAUUUUGCAUCUGCCGAGGGAUAUCUGGCAAAGCAAAAUAUUGAUAAUAAGCCGAUUCUCGAUAUUGUUCCCAACAUCCGAAAACUUCUCGACACUUGCAGGAUCAAAGGAUUUCCUAUUUACCACACGCGUGAAGGCCAUCGGUCUGAUUUGUCCACCCUUUCCGAACGUGAGAAGUACCGUUCAAGAAACAACCCAUCUGGACUUGGUAUCGGUGAUCGGGGUCCACUGGGACGUCUUUUGAUCCGUGGGGAGAAAGGACAUGAAAUUAUCGACGAAUUGGCACCUCGAUUAAAUGAGCCAGUUAUUGAUAAGCCAGGCCGGAGCGCUUUUCAACACACAGAGUUCCGGCUUAUGCUUAAUAUCAAAGGUAUCAAAAACUUGAUUAUAUGUGGUGUAACAACGGACGUUUGUGUAACAAGUACAAUGCGGGAUGCCAACGAUAACAACUUUGAUUGCGUCUUGGUAGAGGACGCGUGUGCCGCUGGCGUCCUCGAAAAUCAUCAAAGUGCAGUCGCGUCAAUUACUGAAGAAGGAGGAAUCUUUGGCGCAGUUACAGCAGUGAGAGAUGUUUUGAAUGGGCUGGGGGCUGGGUCGGUUCUGAAGAAACAUAAGGAUGUAUAUCAAGCCUCCAAUCCAGAACCAAAAUUGGCAGAACACUCCAUCGCUGCCUCGAAAACUAUCAUCAAAAAAAAUCCAUCUCCUGAUUCGGGGAAAGAAGAUUCGGAAAUGUCUGGUUCGGAACCAAUCAUGGAACAUGACAAUGCGACAUCAGGAGAUGAUCAUGUAUCGGAUGGAAGCAACAGAUUUUCUCGUCGUUCCACACGUAUCCGCAAUAAAUCCAAGAAACGUGGAACUGUUUUACCCGACUACGGAAGCAACAGUAGUGAGGAGAUUGAGGAGAUUGAGGAGAUGCCUAACUACCUAGGUGGCAAGCGAGUUACAUGAUAUGGCUUUCGUCGAUUAUAUAUAUCGGGUUAAAGCGCCAAAUAUUAGUGUAUUUCGAGGCUCUUUGAAGUGUUUAUUGAUUUUGUGAGAAGGCCGUUACAAGAAACUAUGCCAAAAUAACAACUAGUAGGUUGAGUCGUACUAGGAUAUUGCAAGUAUAGAUAGCUGAGGGAAAAGAGGAAACGAAGAAAGGAAGUGUCGGUAAUGCAGCGAAAAGGUGGUCAUUUUUGGGAACCAGGGCAUUGAGCUAGAAUCAAGGCGAGGAAACUUUGCUGUGUACAGGGCUGCUAGCGAUGGCAUUUUAUAGGAGGCUCGAAUUGUGGAGGUGGAUGUUCAUUACCCAAGAAUUUCUUGUAGUUUGCUUCUUUGAUUCUCUUGAACAGGUGAAUGAGGUCAAUUUGGCCAGCGUAUCGCUCGUGAGGGGGUGAACAUUUGAAUGUUUAUAGUUGUACAGCAUCAAAAUGAAUCUCACGCUGCACAAAACUUUUCA